AUGUUCUCUUUUCUUCUGACUUUAUCUCUCAUUCAAGGUACUCUCUCUUAUGCAAUUGGGACGGGAGUUCAAGCAAAUCCGAGCGGUUGCAACGUUUGUGCCGAACAAGGGCAAUGGAGUGCUUGGACUGAAUGGUCUUCCUGUUCUGCUGCAUUUGGAACGCCUGUCCAAACUCGAACUCGUCUCUGUCCAUCUGGAAACUGUCAAGGUGGAUCUACAACUGAAUCCAGACCGUGUGUUCUUUAUGAUCCUCAACCAACUCAACCACAAUGGGGAGCCUGGGGAUCUUGGAGUGCUUGCAGUGCCAGUUGCGGUGGUGGUACAAUGACGAGAAGCCGUGUUUGCAAUAAUGGAUGCUCAACCUGCCAAUGUGUCGGAGCUGCUGCCGAAUCGCAAGCGUGCAAUGCUCAACCGUGCUGCACUUGGACUGCGUGGUCUUCCUGGUCGGCAUGCUCUGUAACCUGCGGAUCUGGUGGAUCUAUCACAAGAUCGAGACAAUGCAGCUGUGGAUCAGGAUGCGCCGGAGGAUCUGUCGAACAAGAGCCAUGCCCUCAACAAGCUGCCUGCCCAUGUACCACAUGCAACCAACCACCACCACCAUGCAAUACCUGUAACACUCAACCGGUUGUCAUUGUGACACCAGCUCCAUGCACAACUUGCUAUCAGCCACCAGCAUGCUCAACCUGCGGACAUGCUCAACCAUUCUACGAUCCUUAUGGAAAUGGAAGGAAGAAAAGAAUGAUUUCUGCUGCUGGAAACUCCACAAGCACAAAUGUUUGA